AUGCUUCCUUCCUUUCCAGUCUUGGCUCUUGGUACUCUGCUAACCUUGGGCUUGAGCCAGCCAUUCCAAUUUCAAGAACAUGUAUUUCUCCGAUUUCUGGGCCUAGACAAGGCACCUUCACCCCGGAAGUUCCAAUCUGUGCCUUAUAUCUUAAGGAAAAUCUUCCAGGAUCGAGAAGCAGCAGCAACUGCUGGGGUCUCUCAAGAUUUAUGCUACAUAAAGGAGCUGGGUGUCAGUGGGAAUGAACUCCGACUCCUCCCAGACCAAGGUUUUUUGCUUUCUCAAGCCUCCUCUUGCCUUCGGAAGCACCUUUAUUUUAACUUGUCUGCCAUCAAAGAAAAGGAGCAGUUAACAAUGGUCCAGCUGCACCUGGACUUGGGGCCCAAUGCUUACGACAACCUGGGACCAGAACUAGAAUUGGCUCUGUCUCUAGUUCAGGAGCCUCAUGUGGGAGCUGGAUCCCUCCCUAAGCCAGGUAAAAUGUUUGCAUUUCGGUCAGUGCCAUGGCCCCAAGGUGCCCUUCACUUCAACCUGCUGCAUGUAGCUAAGAAUUGGAAUAACAACUCCCAGAAGAACUUGAGUUUAUUUCUGGAAAUCCUGGUCAAGGGACACAGAGACACUAAGGUGAAUUUUCAGGUUGAGGAGGAUGUCUGUGCUCAACUGAGAUGCCACCUUCAUGCUUCCCUGCUGGUGGUGACCCUCAACACUGAGAAGUGCCACCCUUCAUCCCGAAAAAAGAGGUCAGCCACCCCUGAUCCCAAGGCUUCUUGCAAGAAUCUCUGCCAUCGUCAUCAGCUGUUCGUCAGCUUCCAGGACCUGGGUUGGCACAAGUGGAUCAUUGCCCCUAAGGGGUUCAUGGCAAACUACUGCCAUGGAGAAUGUCCUUUCUCACUGACCACCUCUCUCAACAGCUCCAAUUAUGCUUUCAUGCAAGCUCUAAUGAGUACAGCCGACCCAGAAGUACCCCAGGCUGUCUGUAUCCCCACCAAGCUGUCUCCCAUCUCCAUACUCUAUUAUGACAAUGAUGACAAUGUCAUUCUACGACAUUACGAGGACAUGGUGGUUGAUGAGUGUGGGUGUGGGUAG